AUGAUGACCAAACAGUUUGGCAAGUGUGGUGAGGUCAGCGAGCUGGUGAGCAGCCUGGGCUGGAUGGACGAGGACCUGAGCUCCCAGGACGGGGAUCGCACCCCUGACAUGAGCCGCUACCGCCUGGGGGGCGGAGGCAGCCGCGGGGGCCCCAUGGAGCUGGGCAGUGAGGAGAUGGAGGAGGAGGACGAGGAGGAGGAGGAGGGAGGAGAUGACGAAGACCUGCUGGGGCCCGACGGAGAGAAGGCCCCUAAGCGCCGCGGCCCCAAGAAGAAGAAGAUGACCAAGGCCCGGAUAGAGCGUUUCCGUGCGCGGCGAGUCAAAGCCAACGCACGCGAGCGCUCUCGCAUGCACGGGCUGAACGACGCGCUGGAUAACCUGCGUCGCGUCAUGCCCUGCUACUCCAAGACCCAGAAGCUGAGCAAGAUCGAGACCCUGCGGCUGGCCCGCAACUACAUCUGGGCUCUGGGCGAGGUGCUGGAGAGCGGCGGGCUGCCCGACAGCCCCGGCUUCGUAGAGAUGCUCUGCAAGGGCCUCUCGCAGCCCACCAGCAACCUGGUGGCCGGCUGCCUGCAGCUGGGGCCCUCGCCCGUCAUCCUGGCCAAGAUGGACGACAAGUGCGUGGGCAUGGGCGGCGGCAUGCCCGGAGCUGGCAUGGGGGUGGUGGGUAUCGGCGGGCCCGGCGGGCACCAUCCUCUGAGCAGUUACCCGUCGCCCGGGUUACCCAGCCCCCCCUAUGGCUCCCUGGAGGCCGCGCACCUGCUGCACCUGAAGGGCUUCAAAGGCCCCGCCUACGAGACGACCUCGCCCAAUGACAGCACGCCGCCGUACGACGGGCCCCUGACGCCGCCGCUCAGCAUCAGCGGGAACUUUGCCCUGAAACAGGAGCCGUCUCCGCACGAGGCCGAGCGGAACUACCCCCCUACCUCCGCCACCGCCACUGGGGGCCACUUCCUCUCCGCGUCACACCACUACCCCCCCGCCUCCAUGGCUGCCGCUGCCGCCACGCACGCACUCUUCCCUGGCUCUCGCUACGAGAUGCCCCUGGACAUGGCCUUCGAGUCCUUUGCACCGCCCCCGCACAUGGUGACGUCACAGAUGGGCGCCAUCUACAGCGAGUGA